UUUGUUUCCAUUUUUCAUUUUAUAUUGGAAUGAAUUGAUGACAAAAGAUAUAUAAGGAUAUAUACACUACCAGGUAUAUGUGUUCGGUGUCAUUAUGGCAUUGAAGAUUAUAUUCUUUAUUUUAGGAGUGAAUAUAUUUGUAUGUGUAACUCCAAUUAUUAUAGUAUCUAUACAAUUGGCUAUUAUAAAUAGCAUUUAGAUUCUUGGCAUUAGGCUCACACAAAUUAAGCCGGCUGCCUAGCUUGAAACAUACGUACUAUAACUCACUCUUUUCUUAGUUUCUUCUUUCCGGAGCUGAUAAAUUUGCCAUGGCGGCUAAGCUCCUACUCCGCCGCUUCUCACUUGUUGUGCUUAUUAUUGUCUCCGUUCUCCCCCGUCCCAACUUCGCCGACGACCAUUUGUCGGAGAUUUUCUACUGCCCGACAUGCCCGAAGGCGCUUUCCAUCAUCAAGGCCGCCGUCGUCAAAGCCGUGAAGGCGGAGGCUCGGAUGGGGGCGUCUUUGCUUCGCCUCCAUUUCCAUGACUGCUUCGUCAAUGGAUGUGACGCUUCAAUAUUACUAGAUGAUACGCCAAAUUUCAUCGGAGAGCAAACGGCGGCGCCGAAUAACAACUCAAUCAGAGGACUGAACAUUAUAGACGAUAUUAAAGCUGAGCUGGAGAAAGCUUGCCCUAAUACCGUCUCCUGUGCUGAUAUUGUUGCCGUUGCAGCCAGAGAUGGCGUUGUUGCCCUAGGGGGGCCUAGCUGGAAUCUUUCCCUAGGCAGAAGGGACUCAACCACGGCAAGUCAAGCAGCAGCUAAUCGGGAUGUUCCUGCACCGACACUUUCUCUCAAUCAGCUCCAAUCUCUCUUCUCCAGAAAGGGAUUUAGCGCCAGGGAGUUGGUUGUACUCUCAGGAGGUCACACGAUAGGAAAGGCGAGGUGCGCCACAUUUCGAAACCGGAUCUACAACGACAAAGAUAUCAAUGCCGCAUUUGCAACAUCGUUACAAGCCAAAUGCCCCAAAACUGGAGGUGACAACAACCUCGUCCAAAUGGACCCCACUCCCACCACGUUUGACACGGCUUACUUCACGGAUUUGCAGAGCCAGAAGGGGCUGUUCCACUCUGACCAGCAGCUGUUUCACGGCGGAGCCACCGACUCCAUAGUCAACGCUUACGCCGCCAGUCUGUCAACCUUCGCCCACGACUUCGCUAGAGCUAUGGUCAAAAUGGGAAAACUCAGUCCGCUCACCGGCACUAAGGGCCAGAUCAGAAAGAAUUGCGGAAAAGUCAACUCGUGAUUUUUGUUAAUCCGGGACAUAACCAUUCAUUUCAUAUGUUUUAGUGUGCUGCAAUGGAAUAUAUAAACAAAGUUUACACUACAGAAAAAUAACGAGACAGGACCAGCACAAAUAUUUGGCCGGAAUUCGCUAAAAUAUAUAGGGAAUUUGUUACGGUUACACCAAAUCAUGUCAAAUUCGUUUUGUCACGAGUUAUUUGGCAUGCAACUGUUGAUAAAUCCGUGUCAAAUGUGUUUCGAUCCCGUUAUUUUCUAGUAGUGUUAUAUUUGUGAUGAAUGAAGUAAAUUAUAAGUAAUAAUAAAGCAGUGUCAUCACUCGGAGUGGGUGAUGUGUGUGGGACUAAAAUAAUAGUUCCCAUGUUCGCUAUUGCAUGUAACUGAAUAUGUAAUUUAUUUAUGUAUUACUCAAUCAUACUUCUUAUUUAAUUUGUAUUGAAAUUCUGGAUUCGAAUCAAUUAAUUAAGUUCACUGUUUGGUAUUUGGAAGUUGC